CGAGCGCUGCACAGUUCUUGAACGCCCAGUCGCUUGCUUCAUUUUCUAGGUCACUUCUUGUUUCCACCCACAUCCAAGAAUGCUGGCCCUCUCCUCGUCUCGCAGCGCUGCGUUCAGCGCCACCGUGCGCGUCCAGCCGGCUCGCCAGGUUGCCCUGGCUCCCAGCCGCUCGUCUCUGAUUGUUGAGGCCGCUGUGCCCAAGAAGAAGACCAGCAAGUCGAAGACGGCCAUCCGCAAGGCGGCCUGGAAGAAGGAGGUGCUGCCCUACGUGGAGCAGGCCCUGUUCAAGGCUAAGCUGGCUCUGAAGGAGGGCAGCCGCGACUCUGCCGAUAAGGACAUGGUCGUGAGCACCCAGACUGAGGAGAAGUCGGAGUAAGCGGCUCGCUGGACCGCAAGCGGACUUUGUGCAUCGCGGAGCAGAAUGGCGAGGCACUGGCUGAAGUGCUGGUCCCAAGUGCUGGGGCUGGCCUGGCAUGGUGCUUGACGGGAAGGGGGCUGUAGGCGCAGGCGCGGGGCGUAUCCCCGGCGAUUUUGUUCUGCAGCCGGGGUGGGCCAUGGGUCGCUGCCCUCGCCGGCAGCCACAGGGCUGGGGCGGUGGAGGCCACGCGGGCGUGCGCCCAGGCGGCAGCACACCGCACGCGCUCUCUUCCGAGGUGGAGGCCUGGGGGCACAUUUUGACGCGUGCGCCCGGGUGGAGCAAUGCCCUGAGGUGGCAGAGCAGUAGCAGGAGCCAGGGCGCAGGCUAGCACGCAAGGAGGAUGGCCGUUGCAGCAGCGCGGCGCGGUGCUGCAUGGGGCGUGCGAGGCUAGGAUAAGUGUUGCGGCUGGAUAGAUUUAGAGACGCUGGGUGUAUGGGCGGGAUGCAGUCUGCGAGGGGUAGACUGGCGGAUGUGGGUCGGAGCAAGACGGGCGGUGAGGGGUCCGAACGGACCCGGGUAAGGCGCGUGUGUAACCGCAAAAAGGA